CAGGUCAGCAACAAAGUGAACUCCACCGGAUUACUUCCAACUUCCAUACAUGGAUUUCAGUGCUACAGGCUCUCCCAGACUCUGAGCUGAGCUCAGCCAGUGCCCAAGAUGUCCCAGGCCACAAAAAGGAAGCACGUGGUGAAGGAGGUCCUGGGCGAUUACCCGCCGCCCUCCGAGAAGCAGCAGAUCGUGCGGGUGGUGGGAACGCCAGGGAACAACCUGCACGAGGUGGAGACGGCGCAGGGAGAGCGGUUCCUCGCCAGCAUGCCCACCAAGUUCCGGAAGAACAUCUGGAUCAAGCGAGGUGACUUCCUGAUCGUCGAUCCGAUCGAGGAGGGGGAGAAGGUGAAGGCGGAGAUCGCCUCCAUCCUCUACAAGGAACACAUCAAGGAGCUGAGGCAGCAGGGAUUGUGGCCUGCCAGCUUCUCGGAACCAGAGAGCCUCCAGAGUAACACCAAGGGAGACCUCAGCAGUCGGGGAUCGGAGGAGGAGACGGAGAGCAAGUCAGGGGAAGAUUCGGAGGAUGACGGGGACCUGUUUGUGAACACGAACCGCAGAAACUACGAGUACUGGGAGAGCGAGGAGGAGGAGGAGAGCGAGGAGGAGGAGGAGGCGUGAGUGGAUGCACUCAGGAGGCCUGCUCGAUGUCGGGCGGAGUGCAGAUUUUUUUUGCAUGAAGAUCCGGCUCCAGCUGUGACAGUAGCUGCCCCGUUCCGGGGAAGAUCUUUCGCCGUCUCAUCUCCCACUUCUUCCGGCUUCCUGUGUUCAGGAUUCUGUCCCGGGGAGGAAAGCCUCUGCCUGCCCGUCUCUCCAGGUGAGCCCCCUGACAGCUUCACUUCAGCAGGGGAGCUGCUGCUGUCAGGGUCCACUCUUCACACGGGGCAGAGAGUUGGCAUGAAUCUCAAGGGCCCACAGGCACCCUCUCCAGUCCACUACCUUGGCUGCAGAAACCGUUUAAAUUGUGAACUUGCAAACCCCCCCCCCCCCAACAAACCCUGGCUGUUGGACCCUGCUGUGGUGUUGGGAGGGUGCUAUUCAGGUUCCAAGUCAGUUUUCACUCACCUCCCGAACAGGAGGAGCUGCUGAGGAACGAGGCGUUGGAACAGCCACCCCUUACACUGACUGACUGUGGGCAUUGGCCGUUUGCUGCGGCUCGUCCCCUACCAGAUAAUUUUGCUGAUUGGGAGUGAUCCUGACCACACUGCUCUGCAUCAGCGGGACAGAGAGCGAGAAAGGACAAGCUUGUUUUUGUAUAAAUAAAAGCUGUGAAGGUGAA